GAAACAGUUAGAAAAAAGCACGCCACUUGGAAGAUUUAAUCCAAAAUCAGUCUUUGAUAGUGGCAGCAGUUCAUCAAAAAGCUGAUGGCUUAAACCUAUUUUUCCUAUGCUUUGACUUAAGUUUGAUUCCAGUUUACAAAUUAUAAGUUCUAUGAAUUAGUACAGACAAGUGUUUUUAUUCUCGAGUUUUGAUUUGAAUAGAUAUGUGCAAAUAAAUGAGUGCUAAAUUUGAACUUGACCCCCUCUCUCUCAAAGCAGUAAAUGGGCGAAAAGAGUGACUAAGUUCAUGAGCUGAAAUACACUUGUGGCUCUAGUUAUGGUUCUUUCAUGGGCGUGCGAGGAGAGAGUUGAAUUACUAUAUCUGUCUGCUAGCAUAUAAUGGAAGCAUGGCCUCGUGCUGAUCAGAUCGACAUAAAUCAGCCACAACAGUCACAACUGAAAGGAAAACUAUCCACCUCCGAAUCAGCAAACAUGCCUUUGACCGACAACAGUGGCACCCGUCACCGGGGCAACCCUUCAUCGGCCGUCACACCUAUCAGUCAUGGCCUAGGAGGGGGAAUUGGCGUGGAUAGAAGUAGACAUGGUUCCAAUGUAACCAUGGUGGGAGGAGUUACACCCCAGUCUCACAAGCGGAGUUUACACGGUGGUGACAUGGAUGGCAAGAAAGCAGUAUCUAGUACCACUACUAUAGUUGACGAUGACGUCAACAGGCAAGAAAGUGAGGAUGGCUCCAGAGAAUUGUUGGCACUGAAGUGUUGUAUGGACUGUGGCGAUGGAGUUGUGGGAGUGGCCUGUCUUCACAUUGCAAGUGUGGUCAUAGCUAUGGUCCUGCUAGUGGCCGCACUCUGUUUCCACUUCCUUCUUUGCUUCAAGCUUGCCCUGUUCCGGGACAGGAAGGGUGGCGUGAGGGGAUUCGGAGACCACGAGCUGAAACUGGCUCCCAAUGAGUUCAACCUACUCUCCUUCCUCCUGAACGCAAUCAGUCUACUCGCACAGAUAGCGUGGCAGUGUUUCCUGUGUUGCAAGAUGAAGUUGAGUUGGGGACAUCUGGGCAUGGGGGAGUUCCACAUAGUGUUCUGCUCAUGGACAUCCCACCUGCUAGUCUACAACGGGGCCAUAGCACUCGAAAUUGCACACUCUUUCACAGUGUACAGUGGCGUGGAGUGGGGAAGUUGUCUGGUGAGUGGACUGGCCUCCUUCCUCCUCCUCCUCUCCCUCAGACACCAGUUCAAUUCACUCGUCAGAAACCAACACGCUUCGUUCCUGUGGUGUUGGAGUGGGGUAAGUGUGUGUGAGAGGUAUCUGGGCCACAAUGCAGUGGGGGUGUGGCUCGUACUCCGAGUGACUGACUUCAUCUUCUACCUGGGACUCUCUCUCCACCAGACUGUGGGUCUCUCAGUCCUCCUCUCUGAUCUUGUCAUAUUUCUCAUCUCCCUCUUCGUCCUCAUCACACUAUUCGUGGUGGAGGUGUUUGUGUUGGGAGAUGUGAGUACCCUCUACUUGUGUGUGUGGCCCUACUGCACCCUAAUUUUCCUCAACACCCUCCUCUCGAAUGUGGGGGGAUCGAGAGUACUCCAGUCCUACUUCUCUGCAUCCCUCCUCGGCAUCAGCUGUUUCCUCUUGUGUAUCAAAGUGGUCGUCACAAUGGAGCUUCGGAACCAGUCGCCAGAGAAGGAGAGUUUCAGCUACAUGACGAGUGAGUUCCAGUUUGUGCUCAACACGAGACAGGGCAGAAGUGCGAGAAGUAGGAGUGCCCGGGCGGCCACUGCCAUGUCCGCAACAUCCACCCGCGGACCACAACACCACCAACACCACACACCCUCAAAUGACUUGGGGCACAGUCAGAACACACAAAGAGGAGGUGUUGGGGGAGGUGCACACAGUCGGAAGAUAUCAGUGGCUUAUCGAAACCAGAACAACAGCAGAACCAAGACAGCAGUCGUCUCAGUCACUCACGAGAACAAUGCAUCCCCUGUCCAUUUGAGUCAACGAAAUCAGACUAGAGCAGUGACUCCAGUGAGCACCCAGACCACAGCCGGAGGUGAAAAUGAGAGACAGAUCCAAGUAGACCAGUACCACAAUCCCAGGGCAACGCCCCUAAGCAACAACAACAACAAUAACCAGAUUUACAACAAUAACCAAAAUAGCUACAAUAACAACACUAAUUCAAACGACAACAAUAGUAACGGGGGAACCGGGCAGCAGAAUCAUCAGGAGUGGAGUGCCUUGGAGGACUCGGGAGUGUCUUUCAUGGAGUUCCAGAAUGAGUUCUGUCGGCACUAUCCUAACUACGGAUUCGUUGAUCACGAGGAACAGGAAAUGUCGCCUCAGCCUCAGUAGCUGAAUUUUUUUGAUGGUGGUGAACUCUAUACUUCGAUCAUCCAUAUCUUUCUAUUGGAGGGAAUUUUUCAUGCGUCAAAGUAGUCAGAAAAACUCUUUUCAAUUUACACAAAGAACAUGCUCCUGCCUUAAGACUAAUGA